GCAAAAUGUCAGGAAAUGCUGCUCAGCCUCUAACAUGUAAUAAUGGCAGUGAAAGGAUUGACCCAUAUGGCUUUGAGAGACAUCAUGAUUUUGAAUCCUACAAGGAGAUGAUGAAUGAGUAUGUAGCUGUCCUCAACAGAAGAUCUAUCAGAUGGUCCAAGCUCCUUCAGGAGAGACCUCAUGUAGAGAAGAAUUUAACAGUGAAGCGGUAUGUGCGUAAAGGUGUGCCUAAUGAGCACCGUGCCAGGAUCUGGAUGGCAGCAAGUGGUGCCCAGGAACAACUGGAGAGUAACCCAGGUUAUUACCGGUCCCUACUGACCAUGGAGCAUGACACCAAGCUGAAGGAAACUAUUCAUACAGAUAUGCACAGGACUUUUCCUGACAACGUCCUCUUCAAGAGCAAAGCUGAGCCAAGUCUGCAGAGGGCUCUGUACAAUGUGCUGCUGGCCUACGGACACCAUAAUAAGGCAGUGGGGUACUGUCAGGGCAUGAACUUCAUUGCAGGCUACCUCAUCAUCAUCACCAAAGAUGAAGAGAAAUCCUUCUGGCUCAUGGAUGCAUUGUUGGGCCGAAUACUCCCAGACUACUACAGCCCAGCCAUGUUGGGGCUGAAGACUGACCAGGAGGUUCUUGGGGAGCUGGUGAAGGCUAAAGCCCCUGCAGUAGGACAACUCAUGGCCCAGUAUCCUGGCAUAUGGACCCUGGUUGUGUCACGCUGGUUUAUCUGCCUCUACAUUGACAUACUCCCAAUCGAGACAGUUCUGCGGAUCUGGGAUUGUCUUUUCUACGAAGGCUCCAAGCUUCUUUUCCGUGUUGCUCUGACGCUCAUCAUUCACCAUCAGCCGGAGAUCUUGAGAGCUCGCUCUUUGCCAGAUGUGUGCGAGUGUUUCAAACAGAUCGCCUGUGGAGCUUUCACUCUGGACUGCCACACCUUCAUGCAGAAAAUCUUCACAGAGCCUGGGAGUCUCUCUAUGUCAACUAUUGAUAAACUGAGAGAGAAAUGCAGACAACAAAUCCUGGAGGAAGAAUCUAAACAGCCAUAAGAGUUUUGGAUCCUCCCCAUUUGCUAUCAGGAACUUUGUACAAUUACUAAAUGGUGGCUUUUGAUAUAUUAACCUCUAAUCUAGUGGACUGGAAAUAUGAAGGAUGUGCUGAAGCUUCUCAACUGAUUGAAAAUCUUUGGACCUUGUCUUUUGCUGAGGGCCUCUGAAUAGUUUUGCUGCUAUAGAUAUUUCAAGAUCAUCGCUUUGUGUAAAGUAUUUAAAUUUGUCAUAGAACUGAUAGUAUUUGUUUUAUGACUGUGGAGGAUAACUGUUGUAGUGUACUAUGGAAGAAGGGAGUUAAUGUCUUUUGCACAGGAACACA